AUUGUUGUUGUUGUAAGUAAGAAACUACUUUGUCGUUGAGUCUUGUUUUGGAUUUACUGUAGACUGCAACCUCCGGAUUAGCUCAAAGUCAGGAACAACUGGUUUAAUAAACUUGGUUUUCACAAUAUUUGUCGAGAGGGAUGACCAUUAUGGGACGAUGAAAGAAAUAUCUGCGAAGCCUCUCAAGGUUUGGCUGGACGUGUAAGGCAAGUUGAAGAGCCCCUCUUCCCCCUUCCCCUUGGUCCAGUGGUCUUGUUGGGGAGGGCGGGUCCACUGUUUUUUUUCUGCCCUGAUGCCCCCCGCCACCCUGUAAAUUCAUGAUCACAUGACCUUGGAUAUGGACGCAGUCCUGUCCGACUUUGUCCGUUCCACUGGAGCCGAACCAGGACUAGCCAGAGACCUGCUAGAGGGGAAGAAUUGGGAUCUCACCGCCGCCCUCAGUGACUUUGAACAGCUGCGACAGGUGCAUGCUGGGAACCUGUCGUACUCUUUUGCUGAGGAGAGGACGUACCCAGCCCCGGAGAAGGAGAUGGCCAGGGUGGGACGGCCCCUUCUGCACCGUCAAGAGGAGGUGCUGCAAGGUGAGACCAAUGCCACAGAGAAGCGUCUAUCGAGAGGCAUCUCCCAUGCCAGCUCUACCAUCGUGUCCCUGGCACGGUCACACGUCUCCAGUACUGGCAACUGUAGUAGUGAGCCCCUUCUGGACACUCCGUUGUGCACAUUCCAGCUGCCCGACCUUACUGUGUACCGGGACGACUUCCGCGGCUUCAUCGAGAGGGACCUCAUUGAGCAAUCUAUGAUGGUGGCCCUAGAGCACGCCGGCCGACUCAAUUGGUGGACACGGGUGGGACCUAACUGUCAGAGUCUAUUGCCAUUGGCAACGAGUGGGGACGGAAACUGCCUGUUGCAUGCAGCGUCAUUGGGUAUGUGGGGCUUUCAUGACCGCGACCUGAUGCUGCGGAAGUCUCUAUAUGCGCUGAUGGACCACGGCCAGGAGAGGGAGUCGCUGAGACGCAGGUGGAGGUGGCAGCAGACCAUGCAGAAUAAAGAGUCUGGUCUGGUGUACACAGAGGAGGAGUGGCAGAAGGAGUGGAAUGAGCUGCUAAAACUGGCCUCCAGUGAACCUAGGAUACACUACAGCACCAAUGGCAGCAAUGGGACGGAGUCAUCAGAGGAGCCUGUGUACGAGAGUCUGGAGGAGUUCCACGUGUUCGUCCUGGCCCAUGUCCUGAGGAGGCCCAUAGUAGUGGUGGCAGACACCAUGCUCAGGGACUCUGGAGGAGAGGCUUUUGCCCCCAUCCCAUUCGGAGGGAUCUAUCUGCCCCUGGAGGUGCCAGCUGCCAAGUGCCAUCGCUCGCCCUUAGUACUGGCGUACGACCAGGCCCACUUCUCUGCCCUCGUCUCCAUGGAGCAGAAGGGCGGCUCCAAAGAGCAAGUUGUGAUCCCUCUCACUGACUCGGAACACAAAAUGCUGCCUGUACACUUUGCAGUGGACCCUGGGAAGGACUGGGAAUGGGGCAAGGAUGACACAGACAAUGUCAUGUUGGCAAGUGUGACCCUGUCCCUGGAGGCAAAGCUCCAGCUGCUACACAGCUACAUGACUGUCACCUGGCUGCCCCUGCCCUGUGAGCAGGCACCUUUGGCUCAGCCCGAGUCCCCCACCGCCUCUGCAGGAGAGGACGCCCGCACCCCUCCCGACUCAGGAGAAUCCGACAAGGAGUCGGUCAGCAGCAGCUCCAACGGCAACGGGGAUGCAAUGACGACAGCAGGGGCGGCCAGUGCAGGUGGAGGUGUUUCAACCAAGAACAGCUCCUCCUCCUCCAGCUCGUCCAGUAACAGCUCGGCAACGUUGACGGGUACGGGGGCAAAGGAGAAGACCAAGAAGGAGAAAGACAAAGACAAGAAGAGGGCUGACUCUGUGGCAAACAAGCUGGGCAGCUUCGGCAAGAGCCUGGGCAGCAAGCUGAAAAAGAACGUGGGCGGGCUGAUGACGGGGAAGAAUGCAGGAGGCGGGGCCAAGCAGGAGGGCACAGAGAAGAAGAAAAGUUCGCUGAGGGGGCGGAAGGGCAGCAAGGACAGCUCGCCUUCGGCCCACGCCUCCGAGGACUCUGGGAAGGGCUCGCCGUCGUCGGGUAGCGAGCGUCAGAAUGGCACGGGCGGCGGAAGCAGAGAGUGUUACCCAUAUAAGUACAGUGCCGACGUGAAGGCGAGCCUGGGCAUCCUGCGGGCGGCCAUGCAGGGAGAGAGGAAGUUCAUCUUUGCUGGCCUGCUCACCACCAGCAACCGCCAGCCCUUCCAGGAGGAGAUGAUCCAGCGCUACCUGUCUGACGCUGAGGAGCGCUUCCGGGUAGAGCAGGAGCAGCAGCGGAGAGAGGCAGAGCGGAAAGGAAGCACCAACGGCAUCCAGCAGCCAAAGGAGGCAACAAUGGGCACAGAGGUGGGCUACCGCACUUAUGAAGCGAAAGAAGAGCCGGCUGAGAACUCACCGCCCACAUUCAACCACCUCAAGUCGUCUUCGUUCAGCCCCUCGCUCUACUCUGGCGUGGUGCCCAUCCCCCGGCCAACCUUCAUGGAUCAGCCGCCCUCCCCGGCCCCCGUCCCGCUUACUCAGCACCCACACAUGCACGGCUACAUGGAGACGCGGCGCCAGCUUGCAGGCGGCUCCCCAGCCUCGUCUUAUCCCGGUCUGCCUUCCUACGCCACCCUCCCCCGCCACUGCCCCAUGGCGCAGGGCCCCCCUCACCCCCAGUACCACCCCCCACAGGCACCGGUACCCCUCAGCCCCUUUCGCCUCAUCCCCUCUUCUUUCGCACCCUCGUACCUCCCCGAGCACGACCCUCCAGACUACCCCACCUCAGAGCCUGUAGGCGGGGGCUACACUAACGGAUUCCGGGACGUGCGCUCCGGCCUGGAUGUUCCUCGCAGCGGGCCUCUCCCGGUCAGGCACUACUCCCUGGGCAGCGCCGGAGGCCUGUCCAGCCUCCAGUCCAGCCGCUGCCGGACGCCCAGCUGCAACUACUACGGACACCCCGAGACGGGCAACUACUGCUCCUGCUGCUACCGAGAGGAGCUGAAGAGGAGGGAAACGGAGCCGGCCAUCCACAGGUUCUGAACGAACGGACGGACUGACCAGAACUGGCUGUGUGGCCACCAACCACAAGGAAACUGAUGGAUGAGGUUUCCUGCUAUAGGACGAUACAGAGCCUGGCUCUCUCAUCGCAUCACUUCCUUCUCUAAAGGCAACACUGUGUGUGGAGAGCGUCCUGGACAGGAUCGGUACAGUGACUGGAGAGAAGGUGGCUGGCGGCUGCUGCGGCGGGCGUUAGACAAUAGGACUGUGCACUUCUCUUACAUUUGCUGUGGCUCUUAUGCAGGCUGUGUGUGUGUGUGUGUGUGUGUGUGUGAGAGAGAGAGUGAGAACUUCAGGCUCUCCUCCGCUUUGUCCCCUUGUCACCUCGCAACUGUCUCCUCCUGGUGGAGAGAAUGUAUACGGCAGGCGAUACACGCACUCUUACAUCCACAUUACACACACAAACUAACACUGCGCAAGCACAACCUGAAACUUCUUGAUUAUCACUCCUCUAUAUGUGGAGACAACCUAUAUUUGGCCCUGUAAAUUGGUGGUAUUUUAACAUAUGAAUCAGCCCUUCGAUGUCUUGUUAGUCUAUUCAACCAGAGGGUUAGAGAUGUAUGCAGACGGACUAGCCUAGGGCAUUACUGUUACUGGGUGCUCAUGUAUGACUUGGGAAUGAUUGGAGCUCUUUCCUGAUGAGUAGUUGGGUUUCUUUUGCUUUGGUCCUUGCUCUUGUAAUGCAAAUUGAAACCACAGUAUUAUGUUACAGUAGUUGCUGUUCUGUGGGCUGCAAUGGCGCUGCUAACGUUCCAGAAUGCAACAGACCCCCUCUAUACAAGUUAAUCUCAAAUAUAAACAGGCAAACAGAUAGCCCUAUCCACCCUUAAGAUGCUUUUUAUGGCAAAGUAACCAUCCAAUCUAAAUUCACCAUUGUGUCCAAACCAUAUUGUGUCCAGAUGUCAGUCAAGUACAUUUUAACAUUUCUACCAUUUUUAGAUAUCUCCCAGUAUCAAUUAUAGAACAAACAUGGCAGAGUACUGUGGUAGAUAUUCCGAAUGACUAAUAUACAGUAUUUAAUAAGGUUGCUAGAAUCUUACUGUUCCUGACUUGUUUUUGUCAUUUUAUAUCCACCAUGAAAAUGAGGCAUUUCAAUAAUGUGCUGGUACAUUUCGGGUCAUCCAACACUACUAAACCGGCAUUCAAAACACAAACUCCCCUCGCAAUUUCAGCUCGACCUCAAGGUAAUCAGUAUAUGCUAAACUGAUAAACGUUCACAUUUUGCUUGAAAAAGACACUGUCCAUUGUAACAUUGUCCACUUACAUUGUAACUGUCAAUUAGUCUCUGCUUCUCUUGUGGCUGAGAAAGGUAACAGGUAUUUCCUGGAAUCUCGUCCAUAGGGCUGUGUUACUUUGGUCUAAAUAUUCAUGUAACUUUUCGUGAAUUCCUGCUUAUGGCAAACCUCAAAUUCCUGACAUGGACACUCCAUUGAUACGAUUCAAAACAAGUUGGAUUGUUUAACCCAACUCCCCUUCAAGUCCUAUUGAGGGCAUUGUGUUGAUUCCAAACAAGUGACUGACCCCUGUCGCUUAACCUCUUUCUGCACAAAUUCAAGCACUUUCCUAAUGUCCGUAGACAUUUUGUUACCGUUUUGAAGGUAUCUGACUGUUAUGUUGUCCUUAGGUCAUGUCAGAACUGUAGACACUGCCACCUCUACUUGCGGGAGGGCAGAUGCAUGGGCUAGAACCCCUUCUCUAAGGAUUCAGUUACCAUGGGUACAGCUUUUUGGUGCCAGUGUUGUGGUUUAACUCUAUUUCCUAGUUGCCUUUUUCAGUCUCUUGUCCUUGUGGCAUUACAGUCUUGUUUGUAUGUUUUACAAAAUGUGCAUCAGGUGUACACUACUCGUUUUUGCUGCAGUUUCUCUUCUGGUAUGUUUGUACCCUACUCAGUGUAAAGCCCCUGUUUUAAUUAUUUUCAUUUUGCAUCCAGACAUGGAGUCAUUGUUCGAAGUUCAGAACAAAGCAAUUUAGAGAUCAAAUGUAAAAACAUAUAUAAAUAAUAAUUCUGGAGAUUGGAACAUAUCACAUUUUUUUGAUACCGUCUUGGUCUCAUGUUACUCUCAAUGAUUUGCAGAUUAGGAAUUGAUUGUUUUUCUCAUCACCAAUGUAUUAACACUUUCUCAUCCAAGCCGUGUUAUUACCAAUGAGCCAUGUAGACUCAUGAGGAAGACCAAUCUUCCUGACUUGAUAAACAGCAGUUCAGUCUUUUCACUUGAAGCACAAUGGUGUGAGAAUAUCUGUAUGCAAUUCACUGCCUUGCCCAAUGGAUGGCGCUCUUGUAUUUGUGUUCAAUGUUCCUGGAAGUUUCCAUGCCCUACUUAACCAAAAAUACAAAAGAGAACAAUUUUCAAGGGUACUAAGAUUUGAGUUUAUUUCCAAAAAUACAAUUUGCCAAGGGUAUGAGGGACUUUAAGUAAUGUUUGUCUUUUGAGAUGUAGUUCAAACAUGCGGCUCAAAAUAGUCACCCUUCAAGGGAUGCUCCAUGACUUCGAGGUGGCAUGUGCAUCUUGAAUUGGAACCAACCAUUCCCCACAAUACCAUUAUGCUAUAUCCAAAACAAUAUUUCUCUCUCUGUGUGUGUGCUUACGCUGUAUGAAACAUUUUUGCAACAAAAAAAUUGCAGCUCAUAAGGCACAAACAAGAGGUCAUCUUUAAUGGAAAGAUGAUGGAUAACUAAGAAAUGUGUGUGUGUGUGUGCUUUCUCCUCUCAAUGUAAUAAUAUUAGCUUACAUCAACUCAAUUUUUUUUAACGAAUUGGAUGGCUUACAGACAACAUCUUGAACAUUUGACUUAUAGACUGCAAACAUUUUUGUAUAAAAAAACAAGUGACAGCGAGGUUGUAUAUGUUGGAAGUUAUUUUUGUAAACCCAAAGUUUUACAAUGUUUUUAAAGAUAAUCUAUAUUGACGGAUGCUAAAAUGAGUGGAAUAUAAGCUUGUAAUAGCCUGGGUUUAUGGAGGAGUCAGUAUUCACCAGAAUGGACAGUUUGGCUGUCAAGGUUGAUCACAAAAGAGCCUCCUGAACUCAAAGGUUUCUCAUUAGCAAACUAGUUUCCUCAUUGCUGACCUGACGAUAUGAUUUGAGAAUAUAUAUUUAUAGUACGAUUUUCUUUUUUUCUCCAGAAGUUUUCUUUUGGAAUGUUUAGUUGAGGAACUUUUAGUAUGUUAUGUGUCAAGCAGACUGGCUUUUAUUUGUUUGUUUUUAUUUGAAUUUUACGUGUGCAUUAUUUUUCACCACCAAUCCAUGCAAUGCUAACACAUUACGGUAAUGAUUCAAUACUUGAUUGUUGGUGUUUUCAACCUAUGCUCUUGCUGCAAUCCCUCUAGGAAUAAGAUGGCUUUGAAUUUGUUUUACAAAGUAACUGACCCAUUAUUUUUAUAUUGUUAAUUUUCUCUCAUUUCUAUGGGACAAAAUUGUCAUCAGCAACAUGAACAUGGGAUACUGUAGUUGCAUGGGACUGGAACUGUUGCAUGUAAAUGACUAUCCAUUUAACCAAAUUUGUGAAUUAUUUUGAGCUGAUUUGGGCUGUCUUGGUUUUUUGACCUGUUUUUUUUUUUCUUUUCUUUUUUUCUCUCUCUCCUUUCAUGUUUGGAGAGGAGAGGCUGUGACAGUGCAAUCUGGAUGGAAAGAACAUCUUAUUUUUAUUUUUUUUGCACUGUUUGAAUAAAUUCUCAUUUGUAUUUCAA